GUGUUUAUUAACGUGGCCGGAGUAAACGAAUACGCUCCCGUUUUUAAUAAUGCCCCAUACAACGUAACGUUGAAAGAGUCUCUGGCUGUUGGUUCAUUAAUAUUUUCCCUGAGGUCAAGGGUUACUGAUGCUGACGUCGUUGGUGCUGAAAACUACAUUUUUGCCAUUCAAAAGUACAGUAUAAUAGAUUAUGACGGUGCAAACUUUUUCAAUAUACCAGCAUUAUCUAAAGGAGACAUAACUCUUGCCAAGAAGCUCGAUUUUGAUACCAUGGCGAGAAGCAGUGUUUUUCUCAACCUGAGUGUAUCCGAUGAGCCUCCGUCAAGACCUACCGCCAAGACAACUUAUACCACCUUGGAAAUACGUGUAACAGAUGUCGAUGAUCAGCCUCCAUACUUUGAAUAUCCUGAUUGUCCUCCGCCAUGUCUAGUUCCACAAUUUGUGUCCAUCAUAGAACUUUCUGACAAAGGUCCACUGUCAAUAAUACCAGCCAUAAGAGGGAAUGACCUAGACAGUCUUGGCACUCCUCUAGUGUAUUCAAUUAAAGCUGGUAACCAGCAUAAUAUAUUCACAAUGAAUCCAGUGACUGGUGCUGUGAAUCAAGAUUUUUCUUUGAACGAAGCAGGUCUCUCCAAUGUGGAAUUAAGACUUCUCAUUGAGGUAAAAAAGGACCUGCCAAACAAAGAUCUUUCUUCGAUCGGCAUCUUGAUAAUCAAGGUAUCUGAACGGAUAACUAACACAUCAGAAGUUUCACCACCGUCGAAUGGAAACUCAGCAACAGAUAAAGGCUUUGACCUGACGAUUCCUUUUAUUAUUGUUAGCACUCUUUUUGUCCUUGUCUUUGUUCUUUUAAUCGUUCUGUUUAUCAAAUAUCGACUUCAGCAGCGUGACAAGGAUACAAAACCUGCAGACGUCAAACCAGAAACACAUUCACAAGAGGGCGGGGACUCGUAUAUGAACAACUAAAUUUAAGUAACUAUGCCGUACUUGGGAACAUGACAGACAAGAUCUAGGAUACUCCAGCUAGUAAUGGCGAUUUGUAAAUGCCGUUGUCUUAGCGGGAUACAGUAAAAAAAAGCGAGUUAAAUUGAUUCUCAGACUUUUCUUUAAAAACUGCGUUAUCUGUUGUCUAGACUCUUUAAAAAGUUAGCAAUGUUAUACAUGUAUAUACAUAAUAUAAGUUGUAGACUGUUUAUUCAACCUCAUUAUGCUGCAAGAAAAAUAAAAUAGAUUAGACUGACCUCAGUGUAGAUCCAGGCCAACCUUCAUAUCCGCAUAGGCCCUAUACAGAUGGUGAACAUGACAAUUUAAGAAAUUCAUCAGGAAGAUGUUAAAGUAUUUCAGUAGUAUUUAAAUGAGUUGGUCUAUAAUGGAAGGUCUGUAAUACCUUAAAUAAUUAUAUCAAUUGUUUUUCGUUUCACACAUAACAACAAGCCGCGAAAGAAUUAUAUAGGGAUAGUGAUGUUGUUGGCAAGUGUAUGUUACAUGAACAUAAAUAAACGGUAUUUUUGUAAUCAUUUUCAUUUAAAUGAACAUACAGAUCUAUAAGAAUGCCAUGUACCGUCUAUGUCCCGUUAACAUCGGCAUUGAAUAGUAUGAGUAGUAAUGCACAUCAAGAUACAUUCCUGUAUAUUCCACAUAACUGUACUUCCAAAUAAAAAU